AUGGAGAGCAGCUAUGUGUUUCCCUCGGCAUUCUCCGACCAGACAGCAUCCGCCGCCUUCCAGGCGGUAGAUCAGCACACGCCACUAGUUUCAGGCAACUCCCUGGCCUCACUGAUAUGCCAUGUCGCCCAUCUGGAAAGGAAGCUCGAGAAGCAGGCGGCGACUCGGUUCUUCGACGGCCGGGAUAUCAAGGUGGGCAAGAGGACGCCGCUAGGAACUGGAGCCUCUUUUGCCGUUGAAAAGGCAGAGGUGCAAGGGUCGCCAACUGCGACAGCGGCUGGACCAGACGCAGCCAUUAAGUCCUUUGUCGCCGUCAAGUCUGUAAAAGAAGGCGACAGAGCGGGCGCAAGCUGGUCAGACGUACUCCUUGAGAUUCGCUGCCUCCUGCACGAGCCGCUGCGCUAUCACCCAAACAUUGUUCGCCUCCUGGAUAUCGGCUGGCCUCCUGCUUCUGGCACGGCUCACUCGGCCUUUCCAAACCUCAUUCUGGAGUACGCCGAGUACGGCUCCCUCGCGCACCUGCAGCUCAACAAUGGGCCGCUGCCAUUCGGCGUCAAGCAGAAGCUGUGCUACGAUGUCGGCAGGGGUCUCUCGAUCCUUCAUGCCUGCGGUGUCGUCCACGGUGAUCUGAAGCACGAAAACGUCCUCAUCUUCCAGAACCGGUACGAUAUACCGCCCAACCAACCUUAUACGGCGAAACUGGCAGAUUUUGGUGGUGCCGUGAUGGACAUGGACCGCCAGGCAACCCAUCGGCUGCGGGCAGGCACGUACCCGUUUGAGGCGCCAGAGAUGGAGGAGGAGCUGACGGGAGACGGUAUCAAGCGUACAGAUGCCUACUCGUUUGGCAUGCUCGUCUGGCGGUGCGCGAUCGACUGCAGCGACGUCUUGGUCUCCAUCGGUGUUCCCAAACCUCUGCACGGCAUGCCUUCCGAGGAGGACAAGAGAUGCCUGAAAUUAAUGAAGACGUCGGGCUCCAUCCUUGAAAAGGCUAUUGGAACCAUCGCGGCAUAUUCUGGUGCACAAAAACUGCCCAUGGAGUCUUUUCAUAUGCUCAUCCACGUCCUCACGGUGACCUUGCAGCCGAAUCCUGCCCAUCGUGCUCUCGAUCGUGCCCAGGCUCGGCUACGAGGGAUGAACACGGAAACUGUGCAUUCCUAUAUCCAGGCCAAAGACGAAGCAAAUGCACAGCACAUUGAGUCGAAUCGUAAUCGUAUGCCAGGGAGUCAUGGACUAAACGUUGAGUCUGUCGGAUACGGCCUAGGCAGGAUGGGGGACGACUUUGACGUACAAAACAACCUGCCCGGAUACAGACCUGACCUUCCACAUCCGGAACUCGGGGGCUUUCUCUUCGAACCGCUUAAAUUGCGCGAGACGCUGAGCUGGUCCCACCAGCGGACCGUAGUGGACGAGUUCCAGCUCGCGGCCGCGGCGCCAUACAAUGAGAACUCACCCAGCCUGGAGCCCUGGGCAGCUGCGUAUUACCUGUUUCAAUGCCAUCUCUUUGGUUUCGGCGUCUCUCAGGACUUACCACAAGCUUGCUACUGGCUCCAUCAGUGUGCGCAGACAAAGGAUGGUCCUGGUACAGUCGAGUACUACGCUCAGGCAUGGCACGUUCGGAUACACAAGGCUUUGGGGGUGCCCAACCCCCUGAGUCUCGAGGCCCAGCUCGACCAGCUGUUUGAGAGCGUCUUGCGUGGUCACCGCCAUUGUGCCACAGACGCCGUCGAAAUCAUCAAGCUCCUCCCUAGUGAUGCACGAAAGGUGUACUGGAGAGAGCGGAUGCAGCUUGCACAGCAGGCCUGUCGUGUCUUGACGGGCAGCACGGGCAUGCCGCAUUUUGCCCAUCGAAAGCUGCGGAGGGACUGGGAAUUUGAUGACCUCACCUCGCUCGGCCGCCAAAUGAGAGAGGUGCUCGGAGAUCACUACAACGCCUCUCUGCGUGACCUGGAUAGUGUCAACGAGCAACUCGACGUGCCGGACGGCGGAUUCGUAUUCGACAAGAUCGUUGUCAACCACAAGGGCCACGGUCUGCUUCAUCUGGCGGCGACGCAAGGAAAAGUGCGCGUGAUGCAACACUUGAUGCGCACGUACAACCACAACAUCAACCUCGCCAACCAGUCCCACUCGGAAACGCCUCUUGUGAGUGCCUGUCGGGCUGGACAGUACAGCUGUGCGCUUCUCUUGCUGGAGCACGGCGCGAACCCCGACGGGAGUCCUUAUGGAGAGGAGACGCCGCUUCACUGCCUCGCGCACUUUGACGAGGCACACCAGCCGCUGAUCGCUCAAGCUCUGGUAGAUCGCGGCGCGCAGCUCGAAAGGUGCAGCGGCACGAUGCGUAAGGAAGUACGCGGCAUCAAUGCCGACUGGGAGGAUCUUCUGGGCACAGCCGUCACUCCGCUGGCCCGGGCUGUCAUGAUGAACAGCCUGGGUGCCGUCCGUGUCCUUCUCGCUCUGGGUGCGAGUCCGACGGCCAAGACGUACGAAAAAGGCCCAGGCACAGUCUCGGCUGUCGAGGUGGCGGCCAUCCUCACGCUACCGCACAUCCUCGAAGUGCUGCUUCAGUACAUGAGUAUGCGGCAGACAGACCCCGAAUUUGCGCUCUUUGACGAGUGCGAGAUGCUCGAGGCUGCGCCGUCGCUUCUGCAUUCAAACCCCCUCACCCUUCAAAGUCGUCUGGUUCGCUGUGGCGCCCACUAUCAGGAAUGGAUGAAGCGGACCUUGCGGAUCCUUCAUGAGAACAGAAGGAAGCAGAGGGACGGCGGCCAGAAUGCUUGGCAGAAGGCGUCUGCAUACCAGCUUUGUCGACAGGUGAAGCUUGGGAACAACGACAUUGUCAUCAGCCUGCUAGAGCUGGGUGCGCUGGCCAACGGCUCCUCCGGCUGCAGGCCAAUUGAAAGCGCCAUCGCGACGAAUAAUGCCGAGUUGUUCCUGGGUCUGCGAGAGUACGGUGCUCUCGUGGACGCAGUAGGUGUCGAUGGAAGUCAUGGCUCUGCUCUGCAGCUGUUUGCCGGUCGACGCAGAACGUCGCCGCCUGGCACAAUUCUCGCUGAGAUACUCAUCGCCGAAGGGUCUCCCCUUGAUGUGGACUCUCAGCAGCCUUCGGCAUCAGCACUCGCUAUCAGCCACAACGACUUUGACCUAGCCAAUGUGCUGCUCUCCGCGGGAGCGGCCAACUCGAUCAACCAACCAUAUUUGUGGACGCGCGAACACGAAGAUUCAGAAACGGCCGUCUCGUUGAUCAGCAGGCUCGUCAAGUCACAGACGAUGCACUCCGUCCAAGCCAUGAACUACAUUGCCAGCCAACACAAGUCGACGACAUGUUCACUUCAAGUCGAGCCGCUGGUCCAUGACGGAAAGGGGCUGUCGGCUCUACACAGACUCGCCUCCUUGGACGUGGAAGAGGUUAACCAUCGCCAACAGAUUACAUUGCAGAUGGCCGAGGUGCUGGUGGGCAUGUUCCCGGACUCUGGGAGCCUCGGCGAAUGCGCCGUCGACCGUGACCUCGGCACCCCUCUGACAGCCGCCGUCUUGUCGGAAAACGCCACGGUGAUGGCAGCGCUCUUGCGCAGCGAGCACCGACAGGAUCUAGGACGGAAGGUACCUGUGCAUUCUUUUGACGCCGGAAAUCGGGACUCUCCUGACCAGUCGCCGCUUUCGCUGGCUCUGCACGUGGCCCUAGCACGUCUGACUGAAUUGGAGAGCGAUGAAAAUUUGAACAGCGACAAGAUGGAAAAGCUUGAUCGAAUCAUGUCCAUCGCAAAGACCUUGCAUACCAAUGAGGUUUCCGGUUCCCAAUUAGACGACGGAAUGGCAUCGUUGAGUCUCGACGCAACACCAACAAUGUCCGCCAUCGAGACGAGGCGGGAUGCAGUCCUGGAAAGUCUCACGGGUCUCCAAUAUGGGCGGUGGAAGCAUGUUGACCGUCUGGCCUACGAUUAUGGCGGGCCAGGAAAUGAGGAAGCGGAAUACCCAAUCGAUCUGUCUGUGCUGUCGGAAGAGAAGCCAUCAGGCUGGCGCGAGGGUGAUGAAAUGACACCUGAGAUGUCGCUGCGAGUCUUCCUCCAGACUAUGCGCAGCGGUGGGACUUUUGGAUAUCAUGUCGAAGUGAGCAUGGAUGCGAGAUUCAAUAACCGAGGAAGGAAAGGUGAGUGA